GUUAAAAUCACUUUACCAGUUUUAAACAUGAAGAUUAUGGCAACAAACAAACAGGUGUCAAAAUUGUUUCCUUGCAGCUUAACAAGACAAAGUUUUAAACAAUGAGAAUCAGGUGCAAAUGGCAUAUCUUAACAAACAUGUCAACUGUUUCAAAUAAAAGGCUGUGUCCUGUCCAAAAUCAGUAUCAGUUUCUGAUACCUCUCAUCAGUCAACAGUCUAUUUACAAAACAACUAUCAAUAUCUCCAAGGCAACGACAACAGAUAUCAUGGCAAAACAAGUAUCCUGGGAGAUGUUUGAUGACAACACAACUGACAAGAGGAUGCAAAUCCAGGAAAAAUAUCCAACACCACAAGUUAAUAAAAGAGCUAAAAAUCGCCGUUCAUCUAUUGGGAAACUGUUUAACGUAGUGAAACAUGCAGCAGUCAGACUUCAAAAUAAAAUGCAAGCUGAUGGUAUAAGGAAACUAAGUGAGAAUAUUGAGGAAAUAGUUCAACGUGGAAUCUCAUCAUCAAUGGAGAGUUUAGAUGCUGACAAUGAUGACAUCACAAACAAUGGCAAAUGUGCACACCCUGCGAAAAAGAACAAGGUCAGCAAUGGAACACUGAAUGAUCUCCUCGAUUUCGCAGAUGAGUUUAUUGCACCAGGUGAAAAUGGAUACAUCGCACCUAUCGGGGCUCCAACCACGAACUAUGAUGACAUCAUCAGAGAGGAAUCGCACCCUAAUAAGCUUCAUGCUGUUUAUUUGCAGUAUGAUGAUGAUGAUUUGAAGCUUCAUUUUGAGAACAAUACAGACAUCGAUUUUUGCGAGUUUGAAACAUCAAAGGUUUUCUGUAUUCUGAACCAAUACACUCAAGAAAACUGUUCCUGUGGAAUGAACACUCAACAAUCUGGAAAGUCUCAAAGUCUCGGUAAAACCAAGAUUAUGAAUGGAGUUAAACAUACAGCAUUUUAAACACUGGAUAAAACUGCUAAUGAAUUGCCAAAUUGUAAAUAAAUGUUACAUUGUAAAUUGUAAAUAAUCAUUAAAUAUAAAUAAAAUCUUAUACUAUUUUAUAUAAAACAACUUGUUUUGUUUCUACAAAUGUCUAAGAAGUACAUUUAUGAAGUGUAUUCUCUCCUUUUGGCAAAAUAUACACCCAUGAUAUGACAUGAUGUCAUAUACAGUAAAACCUGUAUUAUAAACACCUCUCCCUCUUGUGAAAAGCUUAUCUAGUGAAUGCUGUCUCUAGUAGACACACUUCCUCCACACAUACCCUUUUGAAUUCUGUGUAAAUUACCCUCUCUAAGUCUAUAUAGUGAACACCUGUCUCUAAUAGACCCCCUUCUUCCACACAUACCCUAUUGACUUCUACAUAUAAAUUACCCUCUCUAAAGUGAACACCUACCAACAAUGAAUGUUUUUUCUUGGUAAAAAAAUGUUCAAUAUAUCUAUAUAUUCUCUCCAUUUGGCAAAAUUUACUCAUGAUGUGACAUGAUGUCAUAUACAGUAAAAUCUGUCUUAUAAACACCUCUCUCUAGUGAAAACCUUAUCUAGUGAACAUUUGUCUCUAGUAGACACUUUCUCGAAAUAUACUCUAUUCACUGGUGAUCCGCUCGAUCACGCUGGUUACUGAAAAGGUACGAUUUUUUU